GAUUCUAUAUCCUACAAAACACUUCUUGUUUCCUCUCUCAUCUCACAUUCUCACUCAUCUUCUUCUCCAAUAUUCUUUUAGUUUUGGAAGAUAAAAGAAGGCAAAAAUGGGUGUGAAGGUGUAUGGGCUUCCAAUAUCAACAUGCACAGCAACAAUAUUGACUUGUUUGCAUGAGAAAGAAGCUGAAUUCGAGUUUCUUCCUGUUGAUCUCUUUGUUGCUGAGCAUAAACAACCUCCUUUCCUUUCCAAAAAUCCGUUUGGUCAGAUUCCAGUACUUGAAGAUGAUGAUCUCACUUUGUUUGAAUCGCGAGCAAUGUCAUCAUACAUAGCAGAGAAAUACAAGGACAAUGGAACAACAGAUCUAUUAAGGCAAGGAGACCUAAAAGAAGCAGCAAUAGUAAAAGUAUGGAUGGAAGUAGAAGCACAUCAAUACAACCCAUCAAUCCAACCAAUCAUAUACCAACAUUUUGUUGCACCAAUUCAAGGCAAUACUCCUGAUCAAUCAAUCAUUGAUUCAAAUCUUGAGAAACUUGGUAAAGUUCUUGACAUCUAUGAUGAAAAGCUAAAGACUACCAAAUACUUAGCUGGGGAUUACUACACCUUAGCCGAUCUUCAUCAUCUUCCUUACACUCAUUAUUUUAUGACUACUCCUUUUGCUACUUUGAUUAAUAGUCGCCCAAAUGUUAAGGCUUGGUGGGAGGAUAUCUCUUCUAGACCCGCCUUUAAGAAAGUGUCCGAACAUAUGAAGUACGGGGAGAAUUAAUAAGAUUCACCAGGGGUUGCUACCAACACGUACUCUCUAUUUGUGCUUGAUUAAGUGAGGAAUGUUGCAAUAUUUUGUAUGAUUAAUUGUUUGGCUAUUUUAUGGUAUUAAUACCAUUACAUCGUUCAAUGUUGUUAGCUUUUUUUUUCUCUCUCUCUUUGAUUGCUUAAAUAAAAUCUUUUUUUUACCGACUUUAGUUAAAUGAAA